AUGCCCCUCUAUCUCACACACGUCCUACGCCCACUCACGAUACGAUUCACAGAGCCGGGCGUCGCAGACCUCAGCCUCGACCUCAACAGCUUCACCCACGUCCGCACCUCGACCGACAUCCACGACCCCGACGACGCCGUACCAGUCGAUCCCGUCCUCUUUGACGUCGUCGUUGAGCAGAACGCACAUCCGCAGCGCAAGCACAGCGUCGGAUCCGAUGCAAAGCGUUCGAGGGAACAGAGAGCGCGCGCCCUGAUCGAAGCAAGAGCGCAAGAGACGGUAAGGGAUGUCAAACGCAUCGUGCGCUCCGACCGCCCCGCCAUACACCGCCGUCGUAUUCGACUCAUCCAUGCCGGCCGCAUCCUCCGCGACGGCAUCCGCCUCGUCUCCUACUUUGACCAACUCGACUCCCACCGCAAGGCGUCCGUACGCUCUCUCGGCUCCUCACUCGCCCUCGGCGACGACGACAACGACGGGGAGGAUCGGGCCGAGGAUGACGAGGACGGGCAUGCUGCCCGAACGACCACAGAAGUCGUACCCCUACGAGAGCUGCUGCCAGACUACUGGCAGUCGCUCCCCAAUAGUAGCGGCGGCGGCAAGGGAAAGGGAAAGGCAAAAGCAAGCAGCGACGACGACGACGACGACGACGGCGACGUCAGCGGCGGCGAGGAUGGCAGUGGCGAUCUGGGCGGGGUGCAAGUCUGCGUCGCUCGAAAGCUACACGAACGCAUCUAUGUCCAGUGCUCGGUCGGGGAUGUCAUGGACAGUGAGGAAGAGGCGCGCGAACGCGGGUUGAUCGACGUCGCACCCUCAUCACCUCCCCACCUCGACAUCGACGAUACCGGGCCUUCGCCCUCAUCAGCGGACCAGGACCGAUCAGCGCCGCCCGCACAAGGAUUCGACCGACUCCUCUCGACGGGUCUGACGCCCGAAGAGGUGGCUUCGAUCCGCGCUCAGUUCCGCUCCUCCGCCCUGCCCGUCUCGGGCGAUGUGCUGCGGCAGAGGGAGGAAGAGGAACACGCACGCGCCCUCGAAGAUGCGUGGUUCGACUCGUUUUCCCAGGAUCCGGCAGCGUCUGUCACCGGAUCGGCGAACGGAAGGAGCGGAGCCUACCAAACAGUCCUGGAAGGUCUCAUGGUGGGCUUCUUUCUUCCCCUCCUCCCCCUCUUUUUCUUUCGAGAGGGCGCGUGGCCCUCUGCCUUUCCCUCCGAGACGGCGGCGGCGGGUAGGAUCGUCAACCCAUCCCGAGCUGGGGGGGAGUUGAACGAGGAAGACGAGGAGCAUGAUGAGGAGGACAUGAACAUGGUGCAUGCCCGGAAUGUCACCCUCAGCAAGGGCAUGCAGAUCGCCGUCGUCUGCGGACUGUUUGCAAACCUCAUCAUGGGAGCGUUUCGUAUGCUCUGGUAG